AUGAAGAAUUCAACUUACUUCAGCCUUAGAGUAUACAGGAAAAUGCAUAGUUGCUCUCGGGUCCUUACCAGCACAAUUGAGAAUAAAAGAAAAGGCACUCCACAAGUUGUAGCAGAUGUUUUGCGUGCUUCGUAUCCAGGUGUAGUGGACACACCGGCUCCUAGAAGUAUUGUGAAGGUUGUUCAAAAUGAAGCUCAUGUGAAUGUGUCCUACUCUACUGCCUUGAGAGGAAAAAAACUCGCGAUAAGUCAAGUGAGGGGUAGUCCGGAAGAAAGCUUUCAAAGAUUGCAUUCUUAUAUGUAUGUGUUGAAGCUGGUGAAUCCUGGUACAGUGGCGAACGUGAAAGUGGAUGGUAAUAAUAAGUUCAAGUAUCUUUUUGUUGCUUUGGGUGCCAGCAUAGAAGGCUUUAGUUCAAUGAGGAAAGUCAUAGUCGUGGAUGCGACUUUUCUUAAGAAUGUUUAUGGUGGUAUGCUAGUAUUUGCCACGGCUCAGGAUCCUAAUCAUCACCAUUACCCCAUUGCAAUGGGUGUAAUUGAUAGUGAGAAAGACUCUAGUUGGAGGUGGUUUUUAGAAAUGCUCAAAACUGUUAUACCAGAUAAUCCUGAGAUUGUUUUUAUGAGUGACAGACACACAAGCAUAGCGAAGGCAGUGCAGGAGGUGUACCCUCAGUCUCAGCAUGGAUUUUGUGUGUGGCACUUGUCUCGUAAUGUGAGGGUUAAAGCAGCCAAUGGUUGGAAGAAUUUGUGUUCUAAAAAAUUCAUUGAGUGCGCUCAUAAGUACACCGAAAGUGAGUUUCUAAUUGCAUACACCGAAUUUGGUAGAAUGUUUCCCAAAGCUGCGGAGUACUUAGAGAAUGGUCUUCCUCUUGAAAAAUGGGCACGGUGGAAUUUUAAAGGAGACAAGUACAACUUGGACACAAGCAAUGCAUGUGAAUCAAUGAGCAACGUCUUCAAGAAGGCGAGAAAGUAUGCACUAUUGCCUUUGAUUGAUGCGUAUGUUGAGAAAGUGUCUGAAUAG